CAGUCGCUCAACUGUUUUCUUGGCGAAACGGUCGCUACGACAGCGAAAAAAUUUGGUGAACGAGAAAAAAAAACACCACGUGUAUACUCUGACGAAGCGUGACGAGUACGGGUGAUUUUUUUUUGCACGCUUCUCCAUUGAUUGAACAAUCUCAGUAACAAAUAACAAGUAUGUCAGCGAUAACGCGGAUUCGUGAUUCGAAAGAAAAUUUACCGAGUGACAGUGAAAUUGAGAAAAAGCUCGAGUGUGCGAGCAACGAAUUGUACAACGAUGUCCCGUGCGAUCCCACUCGGGCGCCUUUUGUCCCCGCAGAUUACGGUUUGCCGGCUAAUUUUCGUCUCACCAAGUACGGCGAUACAAAGUCGUUGGGAAUACGACCAACUCUUGAAUUGUUGGAAAUCUGUAUGGGCGCUUUGCACGAGAGUUAUCAGGAGACGAAUAAUGAAAAUUGGCGAGAAACGAACGAGGAAAAUUUUCCUUUGUUGAUGGAUGAGAAAACGUUGUUGACGAGAUUGCAUAAAUUCGAUCUUGUCAUGCUGGAAACGAGCAACACGCUGACGCCGUUGAUCGACGAUCCUUACAUCAUGGGAAAAAUCGCAUGUCUCAGUGUUCUCAGUGGAAUUUACGCUCUUGGAAUCGUCGACAUCACAACGACGCGAAUCGCACUCUCGAUUCCGUCGAGAAUGGAUCCUUCCCACAGGAAAAUCGUCCUACCAAUGAUAAUACGUGGAUUCAAGGAUGCUGCGCGAGAAUCAAAAACGACGGUUUACUGCUCCGAUGUCUUGGUAAAUCCGUGGUGCCUUAUCGGCGGUACUGCCACCGCGGUUUGCACUCUUUACGAAUUUAUUCCUCCGGACGGUGCCGCUCUCGGUGACGUAAUCGUACUGACCAAACCCCUUGGUACGUCGAUCGCCCUCGCAGUCUCCCAAUGGCUCGAACACACAGAAAAAAGGAAAAGACUUUUGCUCGCGAUCGACGAAGACGCCGUUAUAAAAGCUAAACAACGCGCUAUCGAUUCCAUGCUCAAGAGCAACCGCGAAGCUGCUAUUCUCAUGAGAAAGUACAACGCUCACGCAGCCUGCGAAGUAACGCACCAAGGAUUGUUAAAGUCAGCCGCGACGCUGGCGCAGCUUCAGAAAAAUCCCGUCAACUUCGUAAUCCACAAUUUGCCGGUGAUAGCAAAAAUGAACGCGGUCUCGAGGCUGACCGGUGACUCGACCAAAUUGCUGAACGGCUCGACGCCCGAGUUGUCGGGCGGUUUGAUUCUCGUCCUGCCUCGGGAACAAGCAGCAGCGUAUUGUAAAAUUUACGACAGAAUUGAGCGCAGGCAGACCUGGAUCAUUGGCCUCGUCGAGGAGGGACAGAGAACAGCGAGGAUCAUCGAUAGGCCAAGAGUCAUCGAGGUACCUGCCAAAGAAAACGAUUCAUCACUCUGGUGAAAAUUGAUCGAGGAGGCUUUGACCCAAAAGCGGUACGAGCUUCCAAAAAUAUUCCAAGGAUUUUCAGUGUAAACAAGAGCAACGUUUUUUUUUCUAACAAAUUCAUUUUCCCUCUGGCUCACGAGCAACGAAAUAUUUAAUAUGAAAAAACAUGUAAAAACUAGCGAAAAAAUACUUGACGAAUGUUCACAGUCUCAAGGAAUCGACCGAUCGUUAUUUUGUGACGAGUUUUUUUAAGGAAAUAAAACUUCAUUUGUUGUA